GCGGCGAUGGCGUCUCCGCAGCGGGCGCGCUGCAAGGCCGCGGCGGCGCAGCCCGGGAGGGGGUUCUGCCGCCGGCUGCGGGGGGCUACGCCGCCGUGGAAGGAGGCCUACCGCCACCGCUGCAUGGAGAGGCUGAGGAGCAGCCGGGCGCAACUGCUGGAGCGGUACCGGCGCGGCGCAGAGGAUGGCACGGCACGGGGUGCGCUGCUGGUGCCCGAGGUGAUGGAGCAGGAGUGGCAGGCGCUGCAGGCUGGCGGGGCAGCCGAGGGCCUGGCCCAGAUGCCGGAGGAUCCUGAUGAGCUGGCGGUACUGGAAGAGAUCCAACAAGAACUGAUCUUAAAAGAGCAGUCGGUUAUAGAAGAGUACGAGCGAAGCCUGCAGUUUGAUGAAGAAUGUCUCAACGCAAUGCUUGAUGGCUUGGAUGCCAGCGACAAGGUCAUCUGCCCAGUGUGCAGAAAGAAUAACCUGACUGUGAGGAAUCACUUGGUUUUUUGCCAGUGUGGAUUAUACAUCACCACGCAGUGUCUCUCAGGGUAUGACAGAGGGAAAGCUUCGAGCACUCCUAGAAAACACCGUGACAGAGCACAGUCAUCGGUGCUUCCACAACCCAGAGUUCACCGUGACCAGCGGAAUGGAGGAAGAAACCAGUCUCCUCAUGAGCUGCCCGGUGAGUCUCAGUGCCAGUUUCCUCAAAAUGACCUCUGCCUGGAUCCACUUCUCCAUACCAUGGGCAGAAACCAAAAGUCCAUUGAUCUGAGGGUGUGGUGAUGCUGUGUUCCCACAAAAUUCCUUGGAAAUGGCUUUACUUUUGACCCCCCCCAUUACUGUAAAAGAGCCACAUCACACAACUCACCCUAACAGCUCAAUUAGGGAGCCUUCCAAGGACCUGUUAGUCUUGGUGACUUCCCUUUCUCACACUUUAGCCAACAACUUCCAAGUUUUUUAUGGAGCACAUGUUCAGACAAGUUGUUUGUGAAGAAAUUUUAACAAUUACUUUAGUUUAAGCCUCUUCUAAAGGCUCACCCACACCUCAGAAAACACACGCCAUCCCUUCGACUCCAACUAGGGUUGGCAUGUUCCUAGCUCUGCUACUCAAGUAAAAUUGCUGUCUGUACCAACACAGGGAGGACAGCUUCAGGAACGGAGCAUUUCAAAUAGUUUUGAACAUUACUAAUUCAUUUUAUACAUUGCUGUAGCUUCUCUGUUUGACUUACCUU